GGGACCUUUACUUUGAAGGCGAACGGUCGAUUUCACUAUUGUUGCUCACGCUAAUGUUGUUCACGACACACACGUGGUUUGACGCCAGUCAAGGCGGGAUGGCAGGCUGUCGAACGCUCAGAAUAUUAUACUACAAGAGCUGUCUCUGGAAUUCCCGAUUAUUGUUAUGAUUCAAGUCGAGACCUUAUCGCUGGAUUUUCUGUCUAAUUUUCAUGCAGCUAGCUGUCAUUUUCUCCUUCACCGAUGUCGAGCAAUGGAGAAGCGCCCAUCUGCAAUUGCUGAUGACCUUCUCCUCUGCACACCGAAGCAUAUUUCUUGGAAACUGCGAAGCGGGGAGCGUUCUGACUUGUAACGUACAUUAUCAUCAAUUGAAUUGACAUUUAUUUCACGAGAAGUGAAGUGCCUACAAUCUAUUCCACCAACACAUUUUUUUAAAUAGUCAAGACAGAGGCAGAUGCCCCUCGUUCUGUCACCCCGGCUACACUAUGGUGGAAUUUCCAUCUCUCAUUCCUUAUUGGCCUCUCAUCCGCUUUCUGGUGCCUUUGGCUAUUACCAAUGUAGCCAUCGACCUCGGCGAACAGGCUCUUAACCGGGGUUUAGCAGGUUUUAAAGAGGAUGCAGUUGAGAUGCUAGCCAGCUACGGGCUGGCUUAUUCGCUAAUGAAGUUCUUCACUGGGCCCAUGAGUGACUUCAAGAACGUGGGCCUGGUGUUUGUCAACAGCAAGAGGGACAGGGCCAAGGCUGUGCUUUGCAUGGCGGUAGCAGGCACAAUAGCAUUCAUCCUUCAUGUUCUCAUAGCCCAUACAGACUUAGGCUACUACAUCAUCAAUAAGCUCCACCAUGUGGACGACUCCGUGGGCAACAAGACCAGGAGGGCUUUCCUCUACCUGGCCGCUUUCCCUCUGCUGGACGCCAUGGCUUGGAUCCAUGCUGGAAUUCUCCUUAAGCACAAAUACAGCGUCAUCGUAGGCUCUGCCUCCAUCUCUGAUGUUAUCGCUCAGAUUGUGUUUGUGUCCAUCCUGCUGCACAGUAACCUGCCGUGUGUGGAGCCCCUGCUCAUCCCCAUCCUCUCCCUGUACAUGGGAGCCCUGGUGCGCUUCACCAUCGUGGGCCUAGGCUACUACUACAACAUCCACGACAAGAUCCCCGACUCCAGUGGACUUGACGUAGGGGGAGAUGCCACCAUCAGGAAGAUGUUGAGUUUCUGGUGGCCUCUGGCCCUCAUCCUGGCUACCCAGCGAAUCAGCAGGCCCAUUGUCAACCUCUUUGUGUCCCGGGACCUCAAGGGGAGCAGCGAAGCUACUGAGGCAGUGGCUGUGCUCACUGCCACCUACCCUGUGGGUCACAUGCCCUAUGGCUGGCUGACUGAACUGAGAGCUGUCUAUCCCGCUUUCGACAAGACCAAUCCCAGCAAUAAGCUCAUAUCCGGCACACCGGUCACAAAGACGCAUAUCAAAAAGUUUACAGCCUGUUGUUUGGUGCUAUCGCUCACGCUCUGCUUUGUGGUGUUCUGGACUCCUCACAUCUCUGAGAAGAUUCUAGUGAAUGUGAUUGGUGUGGACCUUGCCUUCGCUGAGCUCUGUGUGGUUCCACUAAGGAUUUUCUCCUUCUUCCCUCUGCCAGUGACAGUCCGGGCCCACCUGACUGGCUGGCUCAUGACCCUGAAGAAGACCUUUGUGCUGGCCCCCAGCUCUGUGCUCCGCAUCAUCGUCCUCAUCACAAGCCUGGUCGUGCUGCCUUAUAUGGGUGUCCACGGGGCCACACUGGGGGUUGGGUCUCUGUUGGCUGGUUUCAUAGGGGAGUCUACAAUGGUGGCCAUUGCGGCCUGCUAUGUCUAUCGAAAACAGAAAAACAAUGAGAUGGCCAGCGAGCUGGUGGUGGAGGGAGAGGACUCAGCUCCUAUGAGCGAGGUGUGUUCCAGAACUCAGAUGGAUGCCAUUGAGGAGCUCCAGGAGGAGGAGCUUCAGGAGUAGAGGCACAUGGAGAGAGCGAGAGAGAGACAGGAGAAAUUGGAGCUGAGCUCCAUUAGAAAAAAGGGAAUUCCAGCGGAAGAGGACCAUGGGUAGGCCCCAAUACCGAGAGACUGAGAGAAGAACACAGAUCGCUUAAUAGGCUCCUUGAGUGGAUGAUCAGCCAUGAUGAGGAACACGCACUGUACAGACAAGCCAUGCACUGAAAUCCAUGUAAAUACCUUCCAAUCCUCUGGACAAUUAAUGUAUUCAUGAACUGCAGAAAUAGGAUAAGUAUUAAUCACUUUCAUCAUCGUGUUACUGCUAAUUGAGCAUGGGAAAUAACUGAUGUAGGAAAACCGGUCCUCAGCUAAGGGAAAUGUGUUGUGGAGAAAUUGAAACAUUAUUUUACUUGGAUAAUCAAGUAAAAGAAGCACAGCUUUAUUUUAUUUUAAUGCUGGAACAUUUUAAAAAGGACCUGUUGAGUUGGGCAAGUGUAUUUUACAUUGAAUGGUGUUCAAGAACUAGAGUUCUGUUUUAUAUAGGCGACGGGAAUUUGCAAAGUGUAUAUUAACUUGCAGAAAGGGGUCGGGAAUCCCUCAGUAUCUUAGUGGGUGUGUGUGACUGUGUUUGCAUCAUUAUGCUCGUCCACUUUAUGCAGUCUGGGAAUGUUUCAUUUUAUUUUGACAAGUAUAGCUAUUUUCUUAAUAGCACAUUCUGACUGUUCGAUGUACAUAUUGUAAAGGCAUUAUAUUAUUUGGCAAAUAAAUUAUUUAAAGAGCCCAUCUGACUAUUGAAACAUUGACACGUAGUGAGAAUUUAUUUUGAAAAUAUUUAUUUUAUUUCCUUUAAAACUCUGCAAUCAUACUGCACAAAAGUGUUUACCCAAGUGGUAUAAUCAGUGUUAGCUUUUUUACAUUUGAUUUUUUUACCAAAAUAGUCACCCAUAUUGUGCAUAAAUGACUUAAGGCAACAUGGAGGACCAGGCCAGGCUUCAUAUGUAGAACCUAACUCAGAGGCUGCUGGUUUGACAAUGAACCAGGAAACUGUUGCCAGUAUCUGGAUUUUGUAACAACAUUGGCACAAUGCAUUUUCUCCAAGAGCACCUUGGUUAAAGGCAGCAUGUUACAUUUUGAAAUAAUAACACAGCUUUACUCGAGCGUAUGGCAGCAAGCAGAGACCUGGCAUGCCACUGACGCAGGGACAAAUGAUCAAACAAACUUCCUGUACUCCAGUUAACCCAUCUCUAAAAAUGCAGUUACUGCUAACCUUACAAUAAAAUUGUGUAUUUCAUGAGUUACA